GGGAAAGGAAAGAAAAUUAUUUUAAUUUGUUCCGGCUUGCGAAGGAGAAUAGAGGAAGCUACCAGACAAGCUAGUGAGUGGAUCACAUGAACCACUUCACUGGACACUGCUGCUCAUCUCCACUACACCCUUGCCGCUGAUCUCAUCUCUUUUUCAUUCCUUACACACUCUUUCUCAGGAACAUGCUUUUGACGGUCAUAGUCUUCGGUGUUCUUGCCCACUGUUUUUCAAGCUGUGAAGCUGAUACUCCUUACACACCAAAAGGAAAAGGAAGUGAUGUGGUUGCCGAUGUUGUACAGAUGAUCAGUGACUUGGAUAUAUUUCCAACCGAUCACAAAUUCCUUUGUCGUGUGGCCUGGGUCGAGUCCAAAUAUGGAACUGCGUCUGGAACUUACAGGCGGUUUUAUUACGGAGGAAUUUGGCAGGUGGACUUCAUUGGCUAUCGCGAAACAGUUACGCAGCAAGGCCUGAGGAAGUACUGGGACCGAAUUAGGGAGCGACUGCACAUAGACUGGCAAAAAACUUCAUGGUCAGAUUUGCAAAAGCCACUAUACUCUGGACUGGCUGCCCGAUUAUUUCUUGCCAGAAUUCCUGCUCCUAUUCCAGCUGAUGUUAAAUCGCAAGCUCUGUACUGGAAGGAAUAUUACAACACCUCAGCUGGGAAAGGAACUGUACAAAAGUUCAUUUCUGAUGUUAGACAAGCAAGAGGGUGUGCUGCACAACCUCAAAGAGGUUAACACUAUCAUUAAAGAUAAAACAUGUUCACGUCAGUAAAUGGCUCUAGAUGGAAUUCUCUAAUUUUUUUAAUACAUUUAUUUUUUCCUAAUUAAGUUUGGAUUUAAGUGUACACCUAAUGUUUUUGCCUGGCAAUUAGAUAUUAAACAGUUUUGAAAUUU